GCCCCACCAGUGGCGGCUUUUUUGGAAAAGACUGUGAACAAUGUCGUCGCUCAGAGCUAGACACGCAAAUUGCUCUGUUGUUGAUUGUAAAGAUCAACACAAGUGUCUGUAUGCUGUCCCGGCCGCACAAGAACAGAAGACACAGUGGCUGCGUUUCAUUUAUAACGAGGACGUGGUGGGCGCGGUUCGUGUCGGUUUGUAUGUGUGUGCUAACCACUUCACAUCGGACUGCUUCAGUAACGAGGGUCAGUACAAAGCUGGCUUUGCCUCGACACUGACCCUCAUAAAAGGAUCGGUGCCAACCAUACGGGACCCAGCAACUGUACCCGAGUCACUGGCCAUCACAAGUUCAUCCAGGGAUGUCGCAUGCCAGACUGACCCACCGGACAGACGGGCUGUAAGCACACAGCUAUCCUUGAGGACUCUGCAGCCCCACUUCAGAAGUGAAGGUGUUCAGGCUACUGUGUCCUCCAAGGAUUUUGGUGUUGGGACAUCGACUGCAGACCCUUCGUGUUUUGCAAAGAGACCCUCAAAGAGACCUCGUCUGGACCUUGAAGAGGAGCCGGAGCUGGAGGACGAGCCAUUAGAGGGCAGCUCGUCAGUGGCAGCUUCAAAGGAGCAGGAUCCCACCAAUGAUCCUGCAGAGUCCAACACAGCACCGUCAGAGUCAACACCUUUGUCACAAGAAUCAUCCACUCCCACCCACAAGAGCAGAAAAUACAUAGUGUAUGAGAGCUGCAUUAUGGAGUUGUUUGCUGUGUGUCCUGUCUGCACGCGGGCAUGUGAUGUGAGGACCAGAAAGCUGGGGACAUUCCUGUCCGUGGAGCAGCGAUGCCCCCACUGCAAGUUCUGCAGACACUGGAAUAGCCAGCCUGUCCUCGGGAGCACACCAGCUGGGAACCUCCACCUUUCAGCAGCUGUGUACCUGAGCGGUGCAUCCUUCUCAAAAAUUGCACGGGUCUUCAAGGCGAUGGAGCUGCAACUUUUUCAGUACGACACAUUUCGCCGGCAUGCCAGAUCUUUCAUUGAACCUGCAGUCAUUCACCACUGGAACACAUUACAGGAUGUGACGCUGCAGCGGCUCAGUCAGGAGAGCAAAGUUAUACUUGGUGGUGACAUGAGAGCUGACUCUGCAGGGCACUCUGCAAAAUUUGGAAGUUAUACAACAAUGGAUCUUAAUUCAAACACAGUUGUGGACAUCGAGUUGGUUCAGAGCAAUGAGGUUGGUGGUAGUCAACACAUGGAGAAAGAGGGCCUGAGGAGGAGUCUGUCGUUACUGGAAGGACGUGGCAUUAAUCUUGACUGUGUUGUUACCGACCGUCAUCCACAAAUUCAAAAGUUCCUCGGGGAGAGAAACAUCACCCACUACUACGACGUGUGUCAAAUUGCAAAAGAGAUUUCAAAGAAAAUGGAGAAGAUCAGUAAGGACAAAGAGUGUCAGAAACUACAGAAGUGGAUGAGAAGCAUCACCAAUCACAUCUACUGGACAGCAGCUUCCUCAUCCACCGGACCAGAGAGAGUCGCAAAAUGGACCUCAAUCCUGAACCACGUGCGGGACGUCCACACACACGAUGACCCUCUUUACCCCAAGUGCCUGCAUGAGGUCCACCAGACACGGGACAAAAACAAAUGGCUCAGAGCAGGAACUCCGGCUUUCUACAAAUUAGAAAAGGUGUUGACCAACAAAAGAACUCUGAAGGACGUGGAAAAACUGAGCCCUCACCACCAGACUUCAUCUUUGGAGGCAUUCCAUGGUGUGAUCCUUCGUUUCGUCCCGAAGAAUGUUGUUUUUCCCUUCAUUGGAAUGCUGUGCAGACUCUACCUGGCUGCCAUGUAUUACAAUGAGAAUGCAAACAGACCACAGGCCAAAUCCCGGGAAGGUGUUCCUCUCUACAAGGUCCACUUUCCAAAGGCCAUGAAGGGACAAUGCUCAGCCAAACCCCACAAGACAGAGCCAACAUUCCGGUAUGUUGCUGACAUGAUGGACCUCAUCUUUGACAAAGUCUUUGUGGACCCUACGCCGUACACGAACGCCAUGUUGGCCAUCCCUGUCCCAGAGGAUUUGACUGCCCAGUAUGCGCAGCCUGACAAGGAGGAGGUCAUUGCCAGCUAUGUGUCCAGGUUCAACCGAGGGCGAGUCUAAGUCCAUCGUAGUGGCCUUCGGCAUCAAGAAACUCACAGCGGAUGCGUAGGACCACACAAACUGGAUUGACUACCCGGAUUCUGCGUCCCAAGAAGCCCCAGGACCAGCUCACAAAACUACAAUAGGCUAGAUACCUGUAACGACUGUAAACAAUCUACACAAUAUGUAGUCUUGCAGAAAUGUAUUAAUAGUGUGAUUUACAAUUCCUCAGCCUCCCUGAGAAAGUCUAAGCGGGGCGCUCCUUUAGAGAUAGGGUGAGGAGCUCUGUCACCCGGGAGGAGCUCGGAGGAGAGCCGCUGCUCCUCCACAUUGAGAGGACCCAUCUGAGGUGGUUCCCCUAGACGCCUUCCUCGGUAGGCGUGCCUGGCAUGCCCCGCCGGGAGGAGACCCCGGGGAAGACCCAGGACACGCUGGAGUCACUAUGUCACUCGGCUGGCCUGGGAACGCCCCGUGAUCCUCCCGGACGAGCUGGAGGAAGUGUCCGGGGAGAGGGAAGUCUGGGUGUCUCUGCUCAGACAGCUGCCCUCGUUAAACGGCCCCGGAUAAGCAGAAGAAGAUGGAUGGUGUGUUACAGUUUCUUUCUACUGUUGAUUGCCUGAUAGGCUGUCCUGUGUUUAAAUUGUUGUUUGAUUAUUGUUUUUGAGUGAUGUUUUUUAUGUAAAUAAAUGCUGGUAUGUGUCUACAGAAAUGAUUCGUGUGACUACAUAAAAAUAUGCACAACAUCUGUUUGAAAACUAUACAAGAAAGGCAAAUUCAAUAUAUUAAACUGCUCUGUACUUAC